AUGACGGCUAUAGAUGCGCAGCUGCUGGACAUUGAGACCCUGCUCCAGGGAGACCUAUCAGGUCUGGAGCGAAGUUGGGACACGCUGCCUCCCGAGCAGCUCCGGAACGAGAUCGAGAGGUACCGCAACGCCAUCAUAGCCGUGGGCAAUCAACUGAGUCAAUUGGGAGUGGAGGUCUUGAUUCGUCCCACUGUUGACACUGAGAGCAAGGGUGGCUCACAUGCUGCCCCCAAAGAAGAAGACCCAGGUUCCAUCGACGACUUGGACCCCAGCGAAUGGCAGGUUCCUCCCCACUGCAUACCAAUUCAUGCCAAUGUUACAACCUACGACUGGGAUGCCCUCAUAGCUGCCAGCCGCUUUGACGUCAUCAUGAUGGACCCGCCCUGGCAAUUGGCCACGGCCAACCCCACUCGAGGUGUGGCGCUGGGCUACUCCCAACUAACGGACCGCGACAUUCAAAACCUUCCGGUGCCGCGGCUGCAAGAGGACGGAUUCCUCUUUGUUUGGGUAAUAAAUGCAAAGUAUCAGUUCACCCUGGAUCUCCUAAGCAAGUGGGGGUACAGAUUGGUGGACGAGGUGGUGUGGGUGAAAAUGACAGUGAAUCGACGUCUGGCCAAGAGCCACGGAUUCUACCUGCAGCAUGCCAAGGAGGUCUGCCUGGUUGCAAGAAAGGGUCGGGACCCUCCUGGCAUCCAGAGGUCUGUGGGAGCAGACGUCAUCCUCAGUGAAAGACGGGGGCAGAGCCAGAAGCCAGAAGAGAUAUAUGAACUUAUUGAGAGGUUGGUUCCUCAAGGUCGGUAUCUUGAGAUCUUUGGGAGGAAGAACAACCUGCGCAACCAUUGGGUCACCAUAGGCAAUGAGGUCACUGGCAAGGGACCCCCUAAGGAAGAUGCCGCAGCCAUGUUCCAGGGAAGUGGCGUCCCAGGGGCUGUCUACGGCAGGUCAAACUGA